AUGAGAUACCUUUGGUGUGCAGUAGUCCUUUACUUUACGCUUGUUCAAGUCGUUUACGGUCAAACCAAUUAUUGUAUUAAAGAAGUCGACUAUUGUUUUACUAUUACGCUUUCACCAAAAACCGUACACAAACAUGAUCAAAUUGCACAAUUCCGUCUUGAAGUUCCUUCCGACGCCGGUUGGGUUGGUUUAGGAUUAGGCAAUGGUAUGAAAGGUUAUUUGAUGGUCGCUUGGGUUGACCCAUUAGGCCAAAUAAUUCUAUCACAACGUCGAGCAGAUAUUGGAAUUCAACCAUAUAUUACAAACCGACAAAAUGAUCUUCAACUGCUCAAUACCAGUGGUAUUAAUGAAAAUAAUAAAUUAAUAAUUGAAUUUACUCGUCCUAUCAAAGUUAAAGGCAGCAAUAUUAAAAGACAAAAACAAAAGUUUGCAUAUGCUUAUAGUUCGAUAUCUCCAGCAAGCUCUGAAGUUAAUGCUUAUUUAAAUCGUCACGACCACAAAGGUGAAAUCAUCUUGAAGUUGGAUGGAACUGGAAAAGGCGAAAUUGUAUGGUCACGUUAUGAUAAGAUGAUGAUUGCACAUGGCUCUUUGAUGUUUGCCGCUUGGCUUGUUAUUAUUCCCGGUGCAAUUUUCAUUGCUCGAUUUGCAAAAGAUAUUCUUCGAACGACAUGGUUUAAAUUACAUGUUGGUAUUCAAAUCUUUCUCUCCUUCCCUAUCAUCGUGACUGGUAGCGUUUUAACUUAUGUUGCUGUUGGAAAACUUGAAUUUAACGAUCCUCACAAGGUUAUUGGAUUCUUGCUUCUCCUUGGACUUUUUAUACAAUUAGCAAUUGGUGCAGUUCAUCAUAAAUUGUUCGAUCCAAAUCGCGCUUACGUUCCAUGGUGGACUAAACUUCAUUGGUGGUUCGGAAGAGCUUUAGUUUUAUUGGCAAUUAUCCAAAUUCCAUUUGGACUUAAACUUUAUGGAGCGAAAAAGAUCUAUCUCUAUAUAUAUCUUGUUUAUUUGUUCAUCCUUAUGGUUGCAUUUUCUUUCUUAUCCUUCCGAUUAUGGAAUAAAUCCCGCGAUCAAAAGGAUAAUGGAUUUAAACAAAUUUUUGCUUCUUUCUUAUCCUUCCGAUUAUGGAAUACAUCCUGCUGUAAAAAAGAUGAUGGAUUUAAACAAAUGCAAGAAAAUGAAGAAAAAGCAAGCCUGUAA